CAAUGGGUCACGUGGUGUAUUUACUAGCUGCUGUUGGUCUGGUGCUGAUACUUGCGGAGUGUGCCUCAGCAUGGCCGGGAAACUCGAACCAAAGAUUACUUAACAGAAGCAAAAUAGGUACCUUGGUAUCCAAUCGUCUGUCGCAGUUCAAUCAACAAGGUCCCUCACAUCAACAAUCAAAUGGUCAGUCGCAGCACAAUCAUCAGAGUCCCUCACAUCAACAAUCAAAUGGUCAGUGGCAGCACAAUCAUCAGAGUCCCUCACAUCAACAAUCAAAUGGUCAGUCGCAGCACAAUCAUCAGAGUCCCUCACAUCAACAAUCAAAUGGUCAGUGGCAGCACAAUCAUCAGAGUCCCUCACAUCAACAAUCAAAUGGUCAGUGGCAGCACAAUCAUCAAAGUCACUCACACCAACAUUCAAAUGGUCAGUGGCAGCACAAUCAUCAAAGUCACUCACACCAACAUUCAAAUGGUCAGUGGCAGCACAAUCAUCAAAGUCACUCACACCAACAUUCAAAUGGUCAGUCGCACGACAUGUCACAGUCUCACUCGCACGAUGGUUCAAAUAGUCAUUCAGGCUCCAGCGGAGGAUCCAGAAGUCGAGACUCUCGAAGAACAACAUCAACGUCAGAUGCUACAACUACACCCACAACUACGCCAGAAACAACGACAGCAAUGCCAGAAACAACGACUACAACAACGGAAACAACUACGACAGCGCCAGAAACAACAACCACGUCAGAAACUACAACUACAACCCCAGAAACAACAACCACAACGCCCGAGACAACAACCACGACAGAAACAACAACUACAACAACAGAAACAACAAGCACCACGGAAACAACAACUACAACCCCAGAAACUACAACUACAACCCCAGAAACAACAACUACAACCCCAGAAACAACAACUACAACCCCAGAAACUACAACUACAACUUUAGAAACAACAACUACAAUUCCAGAAACAACAACUACAACCCCAGAAACUACAACUACAACCCCAGAAACAACAACUACAACUUCAGAAUCAACAACUACAUGCCCAGAAACAACCACAACCCCAGAAACAAUGCGUACAACCCGAAAAACAACUACAAGAACAGAAACAACAACUACAAGUUCAGAAAUAACAACAACCACCCCAGAAACAACGACUACAUGCACAGAAACAACAACCCAAGAAAUAACUACAACCCCUGAAACAACAACUACAACCCCAGAAACAACAACUACAACCCCAGAAACUACAACUACAGCCCCAGAAACUACAACUACAACUUUAGAAACAACAACUACAAUUCCAGAAACAACAACUACAACCCCAGAAACUACAACUACAGCCCCAGAAACUACAACUACAACUUUAGAAACAACAACUACAAUUCCAGAAACAACAACUACAACCCCAGAAACUACAACUACAGCCCCAGAAACAACAACUACAAUUCCAGAAACAACAACUACAACCCCAGAAACUACAACUACAGCCCCAGAAACUACAACUACAACUUUAGAAACAACAACUACAAUUCCAGAAACAACAACUACAACCCCAGAAACUACAACUACAACCCCAGAAACAACAACUACAACUUUAGAAUCAACAACUACAUGCCCAGAAACAACCACAACCCCAGAAACAAUGCGUACAACCCGAAAAACAACUACAAGAACAGAAACAACAACUACAAGUUCAGAAAUAACAACAACCACCCCAGAAACAACGACUCCAUGCACAGAAACAACAACCCAAGAAAUAACUACAACCCCUGAAACAACAACUACAACCCCAGAAACAACAACUACAACCCCAGAAACAACUACUACCACCCCAGAAACAACAACUACAACCCCAGAAACAACAACUACAACCACAGAAACAACAACUACAACUCCAGAAACAACUACAACCACAGAAACAACAACCACCACAACCCCAGAAACAACUACAACCACAGAAACAACAACAACAACCCCAGAAACAACAACAACUACAACCACCCCAGAAACAACUACAACCGCAGAAACAACAACUACAACCCCAGAAACAACAACCAUCACAACGCCAGAAACAACUACAACGCCAGAAACAACAACUACCACCCCAGAAAUAACAACCACCCCAGAAACAACAACUACAACGCCAGAAACAACAACUACAACGCCUGAAACAAUGACUACAACGCAAGAAUCUACGACCACAACUGAUAGACACAAUUCACACGGUUCUAGAAGCCACAGCAGACACUCAUCCCAAUCUCGCAAUCACCACAGCCAUACAGGGAGUUCCAGCUCUAUGUCGAAUGGCCACGGCACACAAUUCGCAGGAACAAAGAAGCACUUACACCAAUUACAACAAUUUAAACUCAAAAAUAUACGACAACAACUCCAGAAUCAAUUACAACAACUCCACAAUCAACGACAACAAUUUCUGAAUCAACUACCACAAAAACCCAUGAUUCAACGCCAACAAUUCCUAAGUCAACGACAACAAUCCCCGAAUCAACAACAACAACCCCUGAAUCAACUACCACAAAUACCCCUGAAUCAACUACCACAAAUACCCCUGAAUCAACUACCACAAAUACCCCUUAAUCAACUACCACUAAAACCCCUGAAUCAACGCCAACAAUUCCUAAGUCAACGACAACAACCCCUGAAUCAACGCCAACAACGCCAUAAGUAACGACUACAACAUCAGAAACAACAACUACCACCAUGUCAAAAUCAGCAUCUACAACGCCAGAAAGAAACCCCUGAAUCAACGCCAACAAUUCCUAAGUCAACGACAACAACCCCUGAAUCAACGCCAACAACGCCAGAAAUAACGACUACAACAUCAGAAACAACAACUACAACCAUGUCAGAAACAGCAACUUCAACGCUAGAAAGAAACAACAGCUAUAACGUAAGGAAUAACAUCAACAAUAACAUUAACAACUGCUACAACGCCAGAAAGAAAAACCAUUUACAACCAUGUCAGAAACAGCAACUACAAGGGCAGAACUAAUAAACACAACGCCAUAAACAACUACUACAACCAUUUCAGAAACAAUUACACCAAACACAACCGUGGCUAAUGCAACAUCUCCAACAACUAAACGAACAACAAUCGGUAAAUACAACUCUAUCAGUCAUCACAAAGAUUUAUCCAACUCACAAAUUAACCCAAGUCGAAACUCAUCUUCUAAAUCACUUAGUGACCAAGUUCAAAACUCAAGUUCUAAAUCCCAACUCACGAAUAAAUCCAAGUCGAAACUCAUCUUCUAAAUCACUUAGUGACCAAGUUCAAAACUCAAGUUCUAAAUCCUAACUCACAAAGUGACCGAAAUCGAAACUCAAGUUCUAAAUUUUAUUCAAAAAACCCAUAGCCCAGAAUCACUAAGAAGAAAAUGUCCCCAGAACCAAACACAAAUUUCGAAUUCUCAAACCCGUAGCGAAGAAUCCCCUAGAAAAUAGGUACCGGCCAAGAUAGAUUUGCAUGCUACUCUAGAUUUCACUGUGGCUACAGUGUUGUAUUUUUAUCACAUUCUGCGCUUGGUGUUACUUCUUUUAAAUUUUCCAUUUAAUUUUGAUCUUUAUUGACGGUGUUAUUAUAUAGUUUUUAUCUUGAUAUCUGGCAGAUUUUUAUUGUUUCGAUUUAUAUUUUGUUAUUCCUAACAUCAAAUUUACA